CUUACCUCCCUCUCUCUUUGAUCGACCAGAAAACUGUGUAUAUGCGGUCGCCUUGUGCAUAUAUGUAAUAUACUCGGACCAUUUCAACGUGUCUUCCUUCUCUCUUUCACAUUUCCUCCCCAGGCUUCGGCCUCGGAUACGGCACAUACGAGCUCCAUGCGGUCCAGGUAGCAAUUGCGUCGGCCGGGUGGCCUAUUCUCGGACGAGCGCGUCAGUGAAGGGUUGGUGGGGACCUGACGGUAUGGAUCCGCAGGCCAAGCAGGGGAUCAGCGCUGAGAAAGACGAUACCCAAGCCAAUAUGGCUGAGAAACUGGACCCGUCGAAUACGCGAACUGGAACCGAUUUCUACCGCGCACAACCUGUCCUCAACAGAAGAAUCCAUGUCCUGGGGAUGGGUAGCGUAGGAAGCUUCAUUGCGCAUUCCCUUCGUGGCAUUCCGAAUCCACCGCCCGUAACACUCAUAUUCAGCGGGAGGAAGAAAUGGAAGGAGUGGAAUGAGUCACCAAAGAGACUACAAUUGAUCACCGACGGAGACGUAGAAAGGCGGGAAGGUUACGACGCGGAAUGGGCGAGCCCUCGCCCAAGGUAUCAUGGGAAAGAGAUAGAGCAAGUGGCAAACACAGACGACGCAUCCCCGGAGGCUCCUCAACCACAGCGCCCGCUCUCGGAAGGGGAAUCCUCGGACCCGAUUCACUCGCUCAUAGUAUGCACAAAGACGCCGACGGUUUUGCAAGCGCUGUCCGCGGUGAGGCACAGGUUGCAUAAAGAGUCAGUCAUCCUAUUCCUACAGAAUGGAAUGGGGACAGUGGAUGAGGUUAGCAGGGAGAUAUUCCCGGAUCCAGAGACGAGACCGCAUUAUAUGAUCGGAGUCAAUUCCCAUGGCAUGCAUAGUAUACAAGACAAUCCAUUCACGACGGUACAUGCUGGGUUUGGAACCAUCUCUCUGGGGAUCCUUCCGCACGAAAGGGGUCGGGAGCCUUCUCCCUACGCUCCGACAUUGAUAUUCAAGGCUGGUCAAGAUGGGCGCACCCCUGUGACGCGGGCGAAUCCAGCGAAUCCGAAUCCAAACGCGCCGCGCCCCGCAGCUCCAACAUUCCCUUGGACGCCAAACCAUCGAUACCUCCUCCGGACCCUCCUCCGUAUACCCGCCCUCAGUGCCGUCGGCUUCUCUCCUCCAGACCUCUUGCAGAUGCAGCUUGAGAAGUUGGCUGUAAACUGCAUCGUGAACCCCCUCACCGUCCUGCUGGACGCACGCAACGGCUCCAUCCUCUACAACUACUCCCUCACCCGGGUAAUGCGGCUUCUUCUUUCCGAAAUCUCCCUCGUCAUCCGCUCGCUACCGGAACUCCAGUAUAUCCCCAACGUGCAACAACGCUUCGACCCUGGCCGCCUAGAGACCAUGGUGGUCGGCGUGGCGCAUAAAACAAGAGACAACAUCUCCAGCAUGCUAGCGGAUGUUAGGGCUGGACGGCAGACGGAGAUUGAGUACAUCAAUGGGUGGAUAGUGAAGAAGGGAGAGGAGCAGGGAGUGCGUUGUCUGAUGAACUAUAUGUUGAUGCAUAUGGUGAAAGGGAAGGGCGGCGUGAUUCAGAUGGAGAUGGGCGAGGGUGUUCCUUUCGUGGAGGGGAAGCCUGGAGAGGACGAGGUCGUGAUUAAGGGUGGUAGUGGCAGUGGCUCUUAGGCAGUGAUGGUAGGGAUCGAGCGUUAAGUGUAACUCUGAACCAGAAGUAUAAUACACGCUACACCUACAAUGUGCAGGACAGCAUACCUCUAUUCUAUACUUCUAUCCAGAGUCUCUUCUUCUAAAGUAAAGGAUUUUCUUAUUUAUAGAGGUCUGCAGACCCCCUACUUUGGAGGGAGAAUUCUAAUAUAGGGGGAUAGAUUUCCAUAGUGUAGAUAGAGAUCAUAGACAUAUACGGAGACGUGGCAAAGGGAGACGACAGCCUGGGCGAGGUAGAGGAUAUUAUGAGCAAUCGACCAAGCUGGGAGC